GGAGAAGCAGCUUCUCAUACGAGCUAAUUUUACAGCUGUAUUAAGUGGACGAAGGAGAAAAUGAAGUCUGUUCUUGUUUUUCUACUGACGCUCACACUUGGUCGAUGCACCAUCUAUGAGAACUUUGAGACAAAGACUGUUGGUGUUGGAGAUGAUGUGACUCUGACAUGUCCUCGUGAUGCUUCUUGGUCUUCAACACAAUUAUUCUGGUUCCGGCUCAUUUCUGGAGAUUUGCCUGAGGUUUUGGGAGGAACAUUUAGCUUUGAAUAUGACGACAUUCACAAAACUCCUCGAAUCACAGCAAAACAAAAACCUGGAUUGUUUGUCAUGAUUAUCGAUAAAGCAAAAGUCGGCGACACUGGACUUUACUUUUGUGUGAAACAAGAGAGGAUUAAUAUGACAGUUUUAAAAGGAACAUUUCUGCAGAUUAAAGGACCAGAGCCCAGUAUCACCGCAGUCGUUCAAGACAUUUCAAAGAAUCCAGUCCACCCAGGAGACCUGAUGACUCUGCAGUGUUCUGUUCUCUCUGAGUCUGAAAACAACACAUGUCCAGGGAAACACAGAGUGUUCUGGUUCAGAGCCGGAUCAGAUGAAAAUCAUCCCAGUGUCAUUUACACUCAUGGAAACAGACCUGGUGGAUGUGAGGAGAGUCCUGAGGCUCACUCUACACAGAAAUGUGUCUACAGCUUCUCAAAGACCAUCAACUCCUCCGACCCCGGGACUUAUUUCUGUGCUGUGGCUGCAUGUGGAGAGAUAUUGUUUGGAAAAGGGACAAAGAUUGACAUCAAAGGAGCCGACAAUCGGACGGCCGUAAUAGCUCUGUUUCUGUUAUCAGCUGCUUUGGCUAUAAGCUUGAUUAUUAUAGCUUUCCUGAUUCAUAUCAUCAAGACUAAAUCAUGUGAGUCCAGCAAAGCUGCUGAAGAUCUGCAAACACAUCCUGCAGCAGAUCGACGACGGCAGCAGAGCGCUGAGGACUCAUUGGUUUAUUCUGCACCGACUUUUUCUAAGAGGAGAACAGAUAAAAGAGAGAAGAGAAAAGUCAAAGCAGCAACAGAAGAGACGAUCUACACCGGGGUCAGAACUCCUCCCACUGGCUAAAAAGAUGUGCUCAUUUAAGACGUAUUGAAUAUUUGAUAUGUAUAUUUUUAAAGACUGUGGGAAAUGUAAAAUCUUACAGCAAUGUGACCAUAAGAAGAGAAUAACCUUUGUAAUGUUUUUAAUGUGUAUGAUUUGACAUGUUUUGACUCAUCUGUGUUCAAUCAUUGUUAGAUUGGUUUUAUCACCAAAGGUAGAGUAUUAGCAAGAUAAACAAUAUUUGCAGUCGUGCACUAAAACUGGACGGCAGCUGGAGUGCUGACUGUGUGUCGGGUAAUGUUCAGUAACACAAGGUGCACUGUAGUGGGGACAAACAGUGGAGCAGCUUACCUCUGCUUGAUAGUGGAGUGGUCUCUGAAGCGGUUGCAGGAACACUUGUGAGGGAGAGAAGCUGGUCCACUGUUUCUCUUUUUUUCUGCGUCGUUUUAAAGAUGUUAACUUUUACUUAUUUUUGUGUUGAUUCAAAGGCAAAGAUGAUUGUAUUAAAGGAAAGAUGUGUUUGAGGAUUUAUGUUGCAUUUCUUAUUUUAAAGCUUUUUUGUUUUUAAUAAACUCUGUAUGACGCGA